AGACAAAGAGAUCUCAUGUUAACCUUAUUAUCAAAAUUUAUACAAACAAAGAGUGAUAUUUAUUUAGAACAAAUUUUUAAUUUUCUAGUAACUAAAUUUUAUAUCAAAAUAAGUUAAAAAAUUCUUUUAAAAAUAGCUAGAUAGAUACAAACAAACAAACAAACAAACUUAAGCAAAAAACAUAUUUUAAAAAGUAGGAUGUUAGUAAAGAGUGUUUUGUUAGGAGCUGCUGGUACAGCCUUAUUUUCAUAUUCUAAUUAAAAGACAUACAAAGCUGAAAAAAAUGCAGGAGAAAGAAUAGCUAUUGCAAUAUUAUACCCUGCUCCAGGAUAUGAUGUUACUGGUGCUGUUACUUUCUACUAGAAAGAUUUACAUUCAAAAACUUAAAUUACAGCUCGUCUUAAAAAUUUAAAUCCUAAUGGACUAUUUGGUUUUCACAUUCAUGAGUUUGGUGACUUGACUAAUGGAACAGAAUCUGUUGGUCCUCACUAUAAUCCAUUUAAUAAAAAGCACGGAAGUCCUAGAGAAGAUGAAUCUCAUAUGGGUGAUUUAGGCAAUAUUAAAGCAGAUGAUCUUGGUUAUGGUUAUUAUACUUCUGAAAAUAAUAAAGUUACUUUAUUUGGAGAAUAUUCUGUUGUUGGUAGAAGCGUAUUAGUUAAUAAGAAUGAAGAUGAUUUAGGUAGAGGCAACCACCCAGACUCCCAUACAAAUGGUCACUCUGGUCCCAGAAUAGCUGCUGGUAUUAUUGGACUUGCUUAUGAACUUAAAAACUUGCCUGCUAGAUUUUGAGGGAAAAAUAUGUUAACUAAAUAAAUGAAUGAAUUUACUCUAUUUUCAAUAAAAAUAUAUUAACUUAAUAAUAAUGAAGUUUUUUUGUACAUUUGCUUAGAUAUAUCAAAUAUGUGUGUGAGUAUUUAUUUUUCUUAUUCAAUGCAUAUAAAAAUGAAUUAAUUUAUC